AUGAUAUUGGAAUCAAAACAACGAGCCGAACUUCUUGCAAAUACUGAUCAACAAAAACAAAAAUUAUUAAGUGAAAAUGCAUCAAUAUCAUUUGAAACAGUAAGUAUUUAUGUCAGACAUGAAUUUAAAGACACUUAUGAUAAUAAUAUGGUAAAAGGUGAUUCAGCUUGGUAUAUGGAUCAAGUUCUAUGUUCAAUGUUAUUAGGAGACUAUCGUGAGAAACAUAAAAAUUUAAAAAUUGAUGAACGUGGCCGUCCUCCCCGUCUUGAUCGCAGUCAUGGCAUUAAAUAUUGGAAUCGUGAUAAAUUCGAUGAAUUUGGUGAUGCACAUUUACUACACGAUGCGAUCUUACACGAACCUAAUUGGAUAAUCUUUAAUAGAUUACUUAAAACUUUAUUUAAUGGAACUCUUAUUAAUUUAUUUAAUGAUUAUUACAAACAAUAUAUAAUUGCUAAACAAUAG